AUGGUCGAAACGACGCAAAUCCGGCGGGACCUAUAUUUGGCGUCGCUCACGCUCACGAACCUCAAUUUGUUCCACGCGGCGAAAUGGUGUUCCGAGGCGCUCAAUGGUCUCGUUUCCACCACCGAACCAUUCGAUUUCCUGCCGCCGCCGCUUCUGGAGGACGAACAGGCAGACCAGUUCCAGCUACUAUUGGCGAAAAAUUACUUCAACUGCAAGGAGUUCUUGCGUGCGUCGCGCGCGUUGCAGAACUGUCGGAGCGGCAAUGGGUACUUCUUCAAGCUCUACUCGUUGUACAUCAGCCUAGACAAACAGGUGUCUGAGGAGCUGGACGGAAUCCUCCACUUGAACCCCAAGUCGGUUGUGCAAGAUGGCGACGGCGAGGAUUUUGCUCGGAAAUCGCUGGAGGUCUCGGGAGAGGUGAAGAAGACGUACGUCUCCAUCAUUCUGGAUGCGGAAAAUUUCAUGAAGGAACACGGUCAAGAAAAUAGUUUUCUUUUGUAUCUUCUUGGUAUCAUCUAUAAUCGUAAGUCUUGCCCUCAGGAGGCACAGAAGAAUCUAGCCCGCUCGUUGGAACUCUUCCCAUAUAAUUGGAGCUGCUGGCAAGAGUUGUUUUCUACGUUUACUUCCUACAACGAUGUGACUGAGUUUUCCGAAUUGAUAAGAAACUCUUCGUCAAUACUAGCGUCAUCUGUCAUGUUCCAGAUGUUCGAGCUCGUGGCCCUACAGGAGUUCUACCAACAACAGCCCGUGUUCGAGGAGAAACUCACACAACUAUCGACCAUAUUUCCCAAGUUUUCAUUUCUUGAUGUUCAAAAGUUUUUAGUCGCAUAUCAUCGCCUUGACUACUACCUGGCGGAGUCGAUUUUCGAUGACAUUCUCCUCAACGACCCAAUGCGACUAGACGACUUAGACACGUACUCAAACAUGUUGUAUGUCAUGGAGAAGAAAUCCAAACUCUCCUAUUUGGCUCAAUAUGCCUCUCAUAUCGACAAGUUUCGGAGUGAAACGUGUUGUGUCAUUGCAAAUUAUCACUCCAUGAAAGGAGAGCACGAUAAGUCUAUCAUGUACUACAUAAGAGCGUUGACGCUCAACAAGAAUUGUCUCAGUGCCUGGACGCUCAUGGGCCAUGAGUUUGUCGAGAUAAAAAAUUCCCAUGCUGCUAUCGAGUCUUAUCGAAGAGCUGUUGACAUCAACCCCAAAGAUUUCCGGGCAUGGUAUGGCCUCGGACAAGCGUACGAGGUUCUCGAUAUGCAUUUGUAUGCAUUGUACUUCUAUCAAAAAGCCACCAAUCUACAACCAACUGAUAAACGAAUGUGGCAGGCAAUCGGAAAUUGUUUUGAAAAGAUCGAUAAAUUAGAGGAGGCUAUACAGUCGUUUGAAAAAGCUUUGGCAAUUGACAACAGUAACAAGCUCAAUGACGGUUCUGUGGCUCUAAGUGCGGAACCUCAUAUAUGCUACAAACUUGCUGUCAUUUCCGAUAAGUUGGGUCGCCAACGAGAGACUUAUAAAUACAUGCGCCUUUGUUUUGAGCAAGAGCUGGAGUGGGGCAUUACAGAUGAAAUAUCCAAAGCUCGUCUUUGGUUGGCUCGCCACGCUUUGGAAAGCAAACGGUUCGAGGAGGCAUAUGAAUUGGCAAAAGAGUUCCACUUAACUAAUGCAAAUAGUGUGGAGGAGGCGCGGGCUAUCGCAAAGGAAGCUAGAAGUCGCAUGAUUAAGUGA